AUGCCUGGGGCGGGUAUUUAUAUGUCUGCUGAUGCAAUACAUGAAUUACGUAGUGAUCCAGAUUAUAUAGUUGAGGCAUUAAUGGCUAUUGGAGAUGAACAACCGAAAGUUGCUAGAUCAACACCUAAACAUGCCUAUGUUUCUCAAGAUAUUAAAAGAGUAAACGACAGAUUAUCUCGUAAUUGUAUUUAUAAAUCUGAUGUUUAUGAAAAAAUGGUAAACGACUCUUUAUUGGUUUGUGAUAUGUUACAAGACCAUUUAGAUAAUGUUAUUAGCGGAGUUAGGGCUAAAUCACCAACAGCUUUAUCUUCUCCUUUUACAACGCCCCCAGGAAGUCCAUUUAUGACUCGUUCAACUUCUUUACAUUUUCCUGGUUCUUCAACCCCAAUUAAUCGAGUAACUAUUUCUGUUAGGUAUUGA